AUGGAAGAGGGCUUCAGAGACCGGGCAGCUUUCAUCCGUGGGGCCAAAGACAUUGCCAAGGAAGUCAAGAAGCAUGCAGCCAAGAAGGUGGUGAAGGGCCUGGACAGAGUCCAGGACGAAUAUUCCCGGAGAUCCUACUCCCGCUUUGAGGAGGAGGACGAUGAUGACGACUUCCCCGCCCCUGCUGAUGGCUAUUACCGCGGGGAAGGGGCCCAGGAUGAGGAGGAAGGCGGCGCAUCUAGCGAUGCUACCGAGGGCCACGACGAGGAUGAUGAGAUCUACGAGGGGGAAUAUCAGGGCAUCCCCCGGGCAGAGUCUGGGGGCAAAGGCGAGCGGAUGGCAGAUGGGGCGCCCCUGGCUGGAGUGAGGGGGGGCUUGGGUGAUGGGGAGGGUCCCCCGGGGGUGCGGGGAGAAGCACAGCGGCGGAAAGAACGGGAAGAACUAGCCCAGCAGUAUGAAGCCAUCCUACGGGAGUGCGGCCACGGCCGCUUCCAGUGGACACUCUAUUUCGUACUUGGUCUGGCACUGAUGGCCGAUGGCGUUGAGGUCUUCGUGGUGGGCUUCGUGCUGCCCAGUGCUGAGAAAGACAUGUGCCUGUCUGACUCCAACAAAGGCAUGCUGGGCCUCAUUGUCUACCUGGGCAUGAUGGUGGGAGCCUUCCUCUGGGGAGGGCUGGCUGAUCGGCUGGGUCGAAGACAGUGUCUGCUCAUCUCACUCUCAGUCAACAGUGUCUUCGCCUUUUUCUCAUCUUUCGUCCAGGGUUAUGGCACUUUCCUUUUCUGCCGUCUCCUUUCUGGGGUCGGGAUCGGAGGGUCCAUCCCCAUCGUCUUCUCCUAUUUCUCGGAGUUUCUGGCACAGGAGAAACGUGGGGAGCAUCUGAGCUGGCUCUGCAUGUUUUGGAUGAUCGGUGGAGUGUACGCAGCUGCUAUGGCCUGGGCCAUCAUCCCUCACUACGGGUGGAGCUUUCAGAUGGGGUCUGCUUACCAGUUCCACAGCUGGAGGGUCUUUGUCCUCGUCUGCGCUUUCCCUUCUGUGUUUGCCAUUGGGGCUCUGACCACACAGCCUGAAAGCCCCCGUUUCUUCCUGGAGAAUGGGAAGCAUGAUGAGGCCUGGAUGGUACUGAAGCAGGUCCAUGACACCAACAUGCGAGCCAAGGGGCAUCCUGAGCGAGUCUUCUCGGUAACCCACAUUAAGACAAUUCAUCAGGAGGAUGAGUUGAUUGAGAUCCAGUCCGACACGGGGGCUUGGUACCAGCGCUGGGGGGUCCGGGCCUUGAGCCUGGGAGGGCAGGUCUGGGGGAAUUUCCUCUCUUGUUUUGGUCCAGAAUACCGCCGCAUCACUCUGAUGAUGAUGGGUGUGUGGUUCACCAUGUCAUUCAGCUACUAUGGCCUGACUGUCUGGUUUCCCGACAUGAUCCGCCAUCUCCAAGCGGUGGACUAUGCAGCCCGCACCAAAGUGUUUCCUGGGGAACGUGUGGAGCAUGUAACUUUUAACUUCACCUUGGAGAAUCAGAUCCACCGAGGGGGACAGUACUUCAAUGACAAGUUCAUUGGGCUACGUCUGAAGUCAGUGUCCUUUGAGGACUCCCUGUUUGAGGAGUGUUAUUUUGAGGAUGUCACAUCCAGCAACACAUUUUUCCGCAACUGCACGUUCAUCAACACCGUGUUCUAUAACACUGACCUGUUUGAGUACAAGUUUGUGAACAGCCGUCUGGUGAAUAGCACAUUCCUGCACAACAAGGAGGGCUGCCCCCUGGACGUGACGGGGACGGGUGAAGGCGCCUACAUGGUGUAUUUUGUCAGCUUCUUGGGGACACUGGCUGUUCUUCCUGGGAACAUUGUGUCUGCUCUGCUCAUGGACAAGAUUGGCAGGCUCCGAAUGCUUGCUGGCUCCAGCGUGAUGUCCUGUGUCUCCUGCUUCUUCCUGUCUUUUGGGAACAGUGAGUCUGCCAUGAUCGCUCUGCUCUGCCUUUUUGGGGGGGUCAGCAUCGCAUCCUGGAACGCGCUGGACGUGCUGACUGUUGAACUCUACCCCUCGGACAAGAGGACCACAGCCUUCGGCUUCCUGAAUGCCCUGUGUAAGCUGGCAGCUGUGCUGGGGAUCAGCAUCUUCACGUCAUUUGUGGGAAUCACCAAGGCUGCCCCCAUCCUCUUUGCCUCUGCUGCCCUUGCCCUCGGGAGUUCUCUGGCCCUGAAGCUGCCCGAGACUCGGGGGCAGGUGCUGCAGUGA